CGCUCUUGUUUGAUUUGACAACGCUAAACGUCAGCUACGUAACUGCCCUGCAGUAGCUAAUUCGGUAUUCAUAAGGUCAGGGAUUUAUUGUCACCUGGACAGCUAGAUUAUCUAAUACCAACCAGUAACAAUAGCGUAUAUAGCUAACAAGCAACUGUUUAUUUUUGUCCACUUAUUAUUGGCGAGUGAACAGUCAUUGAAGAAACAUUUGCUAUCUUACUUAGCUAAGCUAGCGUUAGCUUGCUAAUAAUUAGCUUCGAUACUUGUCAUUCUGGUUUUAACGGGAGCAAAAUGAGAUGCUCAACGUUAUUUUCUCCUUUCACACAGAGUCUAAAUAGGGAGUAUGUGCUUUGUUGACAUGUUGCUUGUUAGUAGUCAACUUGUUUCUGCCUGGUUAGCGUUAGCCUAGACGCUAGCCAGUGAUGUAGUGAGAGGCAGACAUUGGCCUCAAGUCAGCUUAGAAAACAUUAGUGAUCCUCAUAGCCAGCUAACAUUAGUUAGCUCUACUUGUGUACACUAUAGUCACGUUGACAGUUCCUAAGAGAGUGAUACUGGAUCUGCCUGGUUACCUGUCGACUUGACAGUUGUGUAUUUUUGAUUCGAUAAUUCCAUCAAACUACAGAAGUGAAUGGUAGUGUCUAGAAAGGGUAUGUCCCUUCAGGAGAGAGGUGCCAAUGUCCAACCGGCCUAAUUCCAAUCCAGGGGGGUCACUGCGCCGUUCACAGAGGAACACUGCUGCGGCCCAGCCACAAGACCACACAGUCGCGGGAAGGUUGCAGUCAGAGCAGGUAAAACAUAAAGCAAAUUCCCCACCUGAAAGUAGAAGACCUAAUUCUAAGGCUUCCAAAGCCACAGCCAGCACAGCCACUGGCCAGUCCAGAGGGCACAGCUCAAGAAGAAGCGGUCUUACUCUGUCCGUGGCUUCAUUUGUGUUGCAAGACGACCCAGAGGCUGCAGGGACAUCUGAACAAGAGCGACCAGGCCACCAGUCAAAGAGUGAAGGUACCCGAGGGCUAAAGCGAAGUGAAGCUCCAGACCAAAUUAGUACCUUCGGACCGACCCCUGCCAAGAAGCCCAAAUCACUCCCCCCACCGCGAGACAAUACCUCAGAGACCAAGAAAGGCCCAGCUAAGUCCAAGAAGAGAUCACUUGCUUCAGAACCACCUGCAUCGUCAGGUCGAGGUCAGAGCAAGAAGAGCGGGCCCUCUGGGGCCUCACCAAUCCAGAAACGGAAGAAAGCUGACUCUCUCCCCGGUCUAAGUAGCACCGCUGGGUCCCUCCCCAAUCGUACCGAGGGCAGAACUGCAAAACCCACCAAGCUGGCGUCUAAAUCGGCCGCCUCAGCCAAAGCUGGGUGUAGCAACGUGACAGACUCCUCCUCCUCUGCCUCCACCUCUUCCUCUUCCUCCACAACAGGCACCAACAGCGCCACCACGCAGGGUGCCCGAGUCAAACAGGGAAAAGAUCAGACCAAGGCACGUCGCUCUCGCUCAGCCUCAAGCCCCUCCCCACGCCGUAGUACCCGUGACAAGGAACAGGCCAAAUCUGCCAGCUCUUCAAAAUUUGAGUGGGCAACACGCUUCAGCCCCAAGGUCAACCUGCCAAAACCCAAACUGUCUUUGCCCGGAUCCUCCAAAACUGAGACCUCCAAACCUGGGCCAUCAGGAUUACAAGCUAAACUAGCAAGUUUGAGGAAAUCCACUAAGAAGCGCAGCGAGUCUCCUCCAGCAGAGCUCCCCAGCUAUCGGCGGAGCACACGCCAGAAGACCACGGGCUCCUGUGCCAGCACCAGUCGGCGGGGCUCAGGCCUAGGCAAGCGCGGGGCAGCCGACGCUCGCCGACAGGAGAAAAUGGCUGACUCCGACAACAACCAGGAUGGGGCCAACUCAUCAGCCGCUCGCACCGAUGAGGCAUCACAAGGGGCUUCAGCUUCAAGCUCAGUUGCUGGAGCAGUUGGCAUGACCACCUCUGGAGAGAGUGAGUCUGAUGACUCUGAAAUGGGAAGGCUUCAAGCCCUACUGGAGGCCAGGGGUCUCCCCCCACAUCUUUUCGGGCCGCUGGGACCCCGCAUGUCGCAGCUGUUUCACAGGACCAUAGGCAGUGGAGCCAGCUCCAAGGCUCAGCAGCUACUGCAGGGUCUACAGGCCACAGGCGACGAGUCUCAGCAGCUCCAAGCUGCUAUUGAGAUGUGCCAGCUGCUGGUGAUGGGCAAUGAGGAGACACUUGGUGGAUUCCCUGUCAAGAGUGUGGUGCCUGCUUUGAUUACACUGUUACAAAUGGAGCAUAACUUUGAUAUUAUGAAUCAUGCCUCUCGUGCACUCACAUAUAUGAUGGAGGCACUGCCUCGAUCUUCUGCCGUGGUGGUCGAUGCUAUUCCUGUCUUCCUGGAGAAGCUUCAGGUGAUCCAGUUCAUUGACGUAGCAGAGCAGGCCCUGACGGCCUUGGAGAUGUUGUCAAGGCGACACAGCAAAGCCAUUUUACAGGCUGGUGGGCUUGCUGACUGCCUCCUCUACUUAGAGUUCUUUAGCAUCAAUGCUCAGAGGAAUGCCUUGGCCAUUGCAGCCAACUGCUGCCAGAGCAUUACUCCAGAUGAGUUCCACUUUGUUGCUGAUUCUCUGCCACUGUUGACUCAGAGACUAACACACCAGGAUAAAAAAUCCGUCGAAAGCACUUGUCUCUGUUUUGCCAGACUGGUGGACAACUUUCAACAUGAAGAGAACCUGCUGCAGGAGGUCGCAUCGCGGGACCUGUUGACGAACAUUCAGCAGCUGCUCGUGGUGACCCCUCCUGUACUCAGCUCGGGGAUGUUCAUCAUGGUUGUGCGUAUGUUUUCCCUUAUGUGCUCAAACUGCCCCUGCCUGGCAGUCCAGCUUAUGAAACAGAACAUAGCAGAAACUCUACGUUUCCUCUUGUGUGGUGCAUCAAAUGGCAGCUGCCAGGAACAGAUUGAACUGGUACCCCGGAGCCCCCAGGAGCUCUAUGAACUGACCUCUCUCAUAUGUGAGCUUAUGCCCUGCCUGCCUAGAGAGGGCAUCUUUGCCGUUGAUGUAAUGCUGAAGAAGGGUAGUGCCCAGACAACUGAGGGCGCGAUCUGGCAGUGGAGGGAUGACCGGGGACUAUGGCAUCCUUACAACCGCAUUGACAGCCGCAUCAUUGAGACGGCCCACCAGAAUGGAGAGGAUGAGAUCAGCUUGUCCACUCUGGGCCGUGUGUACACAAUUGACUUCAACUCUAUGCAGCAGAUAAAUGAAGACACAGGAACAGCACGCGGUAUCCAGAGGAAACCAAAUCCUCUUGCCAACCCUAAUACAGGGAGUCACCAGGAGGUUCGUCGUGAAGAUGCACGAGCCCAGUUGAUGAAGGAGGACCCUGAACUGGCAAAGUGCUUUAUCAAAACUCUGUUUGGGGUGUUAUAUGAGGUGUACAGCUCAUCGGCUGGCCCUGCUGUCAGACACAAGUGCCUUAGAGCCAUCCUCAGGAUCAUCUACUUUGCUGAUGCAGAGCUGCUGAAGGAUGUGCUCAGGAACCAUGCUGUGUCCAGUCACAUUGCCUCCAUGCUGUCCAGCCAGGACCUGAAGAUUGUAGUAGGUUCUCUGCAGAUGGCUGAGAUCCUCAUGCAGAAGCUGCCUGAUGUCUUCAGUGUCUAUUUCAGAAGAGAAGGUGUAAUGCACCAGGUGAAGAACCUGGCAGAGUCUGAGAGCUUUCUAGUCACCAGUCCCCCUAAGGCUUGCCCUAGUGGUACUGCAAGUCUGUGCACUACCACCAUCAGCACUGCAUCCACCACAUCUGCUAAUAAUGCUACUCCAGACCUGGGCUCGCCCAGCUUCCAGCACAGCAUGGACGACUCACUGGACCUCAGCCCACAGGGGCGACUAAGCGAUGUCCUAAAGAGGAAACGACUACCUAAAAGAGGGCCUAGAAGGCCCAAAUACUCUCCCCCAAGAGAUGAUGAUAAAGUAGACAAUCAGGCCAAAAGCCCUACCAGUACUCAGUCACCCAAAUCAUCCUUCUUGGCCAGUCUCAAUCCCAAGACCUGGGGCAAGCUAGGUGCCCAGACCAACAAUGCCAACUCAGAGCCCUCACGCACAGCGGGGGUGAGUGGCCUGGCAAGGGCACCUCCCAAGGACUCAAUUUCAAAUAACAGAGACAAAAUAAAGGCCUGGAUCAAAGAACAAGCUAGUAAGUUUGUGGAGUGUUACUUUAACUCUGAAAAUGUGGAUGGCAGCAACCCUGCACUGAAUGUACUCCAAAGACUUUGCACAGCCACUGAGCAGCUCAACCUGCAGGUGGAUGGUGGUAUGGAGUGCCUGCUGGAGAUCUCCAGUAUUGUAUCAGAAUCUGAUGUGUCGUCUUUUGAGAUCCAGCACAGUGGGCUGGUGAAGCAGCUCUUGGUCUACCUGACAUCCAACAGCGACAGGGACUUGCUGAGUCGUGAUGUACGGCUCAAGAGGUUCCUCCAUGUCUUCGCUGGCUGUCCGGUUCCAGGAAUGGAGCCUGUAGGUCGUCUAGACCCAACAGAGAAUGGGCCUUACCUGGCACUGGUGCACAAGAUGAACAGCUGUCUGAGCCAAAUGGAGCAGUUCCCUGUCAAAGUGCACGACUUCCCCAGUGGCAACGGCAAUGGCAGCAGGGGCUCUCAGGCACUAAAGUUCUUCAACACACAUCAGCUCAAGUGUCAGCUGCAGAGACACCCAGAUUGCACUAAUGUUAAACAGUGGAAAGGUGGCCCUGUGAAGAUAGACCCCCUGGCCCUGGUGCAAGCCAUUGAGCGAUACCUUGUCGUCAGAGGGUACGGCCGAAUCAGAGAAGAGGACGAAGACAGUGAUGAUGAUGGUUCAGAUGAUGAAAUAGAUGAAUCACUGGCAGCGCAGUUCCUGAAUUCUGGCAGUGUGCGUCACAGAUUACAGUUCUACAUUGGUGACCACCUGCUACCAUACAACAUGACAGUAUACCAAGCUGUACGACAGUACAGUCUUCAAGCAGAAGAAGAAAGGGAGUCGACGGACGAUGAGGCAAACCCACUUGGGCGAGCUGGCAUCUGGACCAAAACGCACACAAUAUGGUAUAAGCCUGUGAGGGAGGACGAGGAUGGCAGCAAAGAUGCUGUGGGUGGAAAGAGGGGCAGAGCCCAGACUGCUCCCACCAAAACAUCACCUCGUAACGCCAAGAAGCAGGAUGAGCUGUGGCAUGAUGGUGUGUGUCCCAGCGUCAUCAAUCCCUUAGAGACAUACCUCACUUCGGAGCCACCAGAGACCAUAACCUUUGAUGACCCAUCUUUAGAGGUCAACCUGCUGCUGAGGGUCCUGCACUCCAUCAGUAGAUACUGGUUCUACUUGUAUGAUAAUGCUGUGUGUAAGGAAAUCAUCCCUACCAGUGAGUUCAUUAACAGUAAACUGACAGCCAAAGCCAACCGUCAGCUACAAGACCCCCUGGUCAUUAUGACGGGGAACAUCCCUACUUGGCUCAUUGAGCUUGGAAAGACCUGUCCUUUCUUCUUCCCCUUUGACACCCGGCAGAUGUUAUUCUAUGUAACUGCCUUUGAUCGCGACAGAGCCAUGCAGCGCCUACUGGACACAAACCCUGAAAUCAACCAAUCAGAUUCUCAGGACAGCAGAGUUGCACCACGUCUUGACAGGAAAAAGAGGACGAUAAACCGUGAUGAGCUGCUCAAACAGGCAGAGUCUGUAAUGCAGGACCUUGGCAGCUCCAGGGCAAUGUUGGAGAUUCAGUAUGAGAACGAGGUUGGCACAGGUCUUGGCCCGACUCUGGAGUUCUAUGCUUUGGUGUCUCAAGAGCUCCAGCGGGCCGACCUUGGCUUGUGGAGGGGUGAAGAGGUCACUCUGGCCAAUCCUAAAGGAAGCCAAGAGGGAACUAAGUACAUGUUCAGCUCCAGAGGACUGUUUGCCAUUCCCUUUGGCAGGACAACCAAACCAGCACACAUAGCCAAAAUCAAAAUGAAGUUCCGUUUCUUAGGAAAGCUAAUGGCCAAAGCCAUUAUGGACUUCAGACUGCUGGACCUCCCCCUGGGGCUGCCGUUUUAUAAGUGGAUGCUGCGGCAUGAGAUGUCUGUAAGCUCCCAUGACCUGGUGAACAUUGACCCCAGUGUGGCCAAGUCCAUCCAGCACCUGGAGGAUAUUAUUCGCCAGAAGAAGAGGCUGGAGCAGGACCGAUCACAGACAAGGGAGACCCUGCAGCAGGCACUGGAGAGCCUGAACAUGAACGGCUGCUCAGUGGAGGACCUGGGUUUGGACUUCACCCUCCCAGGAUUCCCAAACAUUGAGCUGAAAAAGGGCGGCAAAGACGUCCCAGUAACAAUCUACAACCUGGAGGAGUACCUCAGGUUGGUGGUGUACUGGACUCUAAAUGAAGGAGUGUCCAGACAAUUUGAGUCAUUUAGGGAAGGGUUUGAGUCAGUCUUCCCCUUGCAUCACCUACAGUAUUUCUAUCCAGAGGAGCUUGACCAGUUGCUGUGUGGCAGUAAAUCAGAGACGUGGGACGUCAAGACGCUGAUGGAGUGCUGUCGACCGGACCAUGGCUACACACAUGACAGCCGUGCAGUUCGGUUCCUGUUUGAGGUGUUGAGCAGCUUUGAUGCCGAGCAGCAGAGACUCUUCCUGCAGUUCGUCACAGGAAGCCCCAGACUGCCUGUCGGAGGUUUCCGGAGCCUGAAUCCCCCCCUGACGAUUGUGAGGAAGACGUUCGAGUCGACAGAGAACCCGGACGACUUCCUCCCCUCGGUCAUGACCUGCGUCAACUACCUGAAGCUGCCUGACUAUUCCAGCAUAGAGAUCAUGCGAGAGAAACUGUUGAUUGCAGCUCGCGAGGGCCAGCAGUCUUUCCACCUUUCCUGA